AUGUCUCGACCCGAACACCUAGCACCACCCGAAGUAUUCUACAACGACAUCGAAGCGUCCAAAUACACGGCCAACACGCGCGUUCAAACAAUUCAAGCAGAAAUGGCCGAACGUGCUCUCGAACUGCUUAUGCUUCCUCCGCACCGUCGCCCCGCCCUUCUCCUCGACAUCGGUUGCGGAUCCGGUCUCUCUGGCGAAAUAAUCACCGACCAGGGCCAUGAAUGGAUCGGAUUCGACAUUUCCCCCUCCAUGCUUGAAGUCGCUUUAGAAAAAGAUACAGAAGGAGACCUUCUCUUAGCUGACGCAGGCCAAGGAUGCGGUUUCCGUGCAGGAUCGUUCGACGGCGCCAUUUCUAUCUCUGUCCUACAGUGGCUGUGUAAUGCUGAUGCGACAUCGCACAAGCCAGCACAAAGGUUAAGCUCAUUCUUCACCACGUUAUACUCAAGUUUGUCGAGAGGUGCGAGGGCGGUGUUUCAGUUCUAUCCGGAAAAUGACGAUCAGGUCAAGUUUAUAAUGCAAUUCGCUACCCGUGCUGGGUUUGGUGGCGGCUUGGUGGUUGAUUAUCCGAACUCGAGGAAGGCCAAGAAGUUCUAUCUGGUCUUGUGGGUCGGUGGAGAGAUGAUCGUCGGACCGAACGGGCAGGCGGAGAAACAGAUGCUGCCGGAAGGACUGACGCAUGACCAUGAGGAAGCAGGAGAGGCAAGUCGCAGGAACGGCGUCAAGUACGAGAAGAGGAGGCUGGAUAGAGAAGGGAGAAAGGGAGGAAAGAAGGGCAAGAAGAGAGGUGGGGAAACUGCGAAAGAGUAUAUCCUUAGGAAGAAGGAGUUGAAUCGAAAGAGGGGCAAGGAGGAUGUGCCGCUGGAUAGUAAGUAUACUGGUAGGAGGAGGAAGGCUGGGUUCUAA